GAAGAAAGCAAAGAUGGCGGUAACUUUGGUGAAGGUUGCUGGUAAGUUUAUUAUUGGCGGCCUUGCAUUGUAUGGAUUGUCAGAAGUGUUAAGUUCACAAGACGACACAAUAAAACAGCUCUCGAUGAUUGACAGUAAAACCCGUCAAAACAUUCCCGUUAAUUUACCUGAGGUAAGUUCCCGCAACAAAUAAUUCUAUUUAGUGUGGCUAUGAUUACAACAUGCACUCACUGCUACAAAUUUUUUUUUUCAGCGAGUGCAUGUUGUAGGCAAACGUGAUGCUGAAAGCGUUGACUCACAUCUCUCUCUUGUAUCAUUGUUCGCUUACAUCUCUAUUUGAAGCGGUCGUUCAAAUACCAUGGGCACUUCCUUAUGGAACAGUCUACUUAAGUAUAUUCGGGAUAUUAGCUCUUUAGAUUCCCCUGGUGAACGAAUCAUGAGCUAUGCUUUUCAUCAUUACUGAUAAAGAUAAGCUUACUGAACAUUAUCUUUUAUUUAUGAUAUACAUCAUAGUACUUAUGUUGCACUUCGUCGAUGAGUACAUCUCAUUGAGAUGGUUUCUGAAAAAUCAUUAAUAGUCUGAACCAAUUAUUGUUAGGGAAAAAUAACCUUCGUGAGUUUACAUUAUAUACAUCAUAUGUAUGGAAUUAGAUCUGGUAAUAAAGAAUUCAAAUUACACCAAUAUAAAACUAUUAAUACUAUUAAAGAGUUCAGGCAUCAGAAGCUUGUUGAUUGAAAUUGGGAAAGGUUGUUUGAGUGUCUACAGACUGGGUCUGCUGUUGAAAAACCUCGAAAUUUUCUCAUGGAAUCCUUUUCUUUUAACCGCUGUGUGAAAGUUAUUUCCUGUAUGCUGGGAGUCAUGUGCAGUUUUACCACUGUAAAGCCAUAGGAAAUCACCCAAUAAUUUUGUAGUCAUUUACUGGUUCAUUUUAGGAAUUAUCCUUUAAUUCAUCUUAAAUUAAUGUAACAUGUAGAUAUCUGGUAAUUUUUUCUGGUAUUUUUACAGCUUCCAACAACCACAAAAAUUAGGCAGUCUUGGAAUAGUGGAGUGCAGAGAGUUUUUGGGGGACUGGAGCAAGUACCAGUAGCAGCAUGGGAGUUGGGCAAAAAGGGAGCUUCUAAUGCAAAAGAAUUUAUCAAAGAACAAAUGAAAUAAGGGUUGAAUACCUGCCAUUUGUUGUCAUAAGUUAUGACACUCACAUUAGCUAAAUGAAAGAGAGUGAUCAACUUAAAAGACCUUGGAGAUGUUGAUUGAGAGUUGCCUAAGUCCAGCUGCUAU